ACCCCUUACAAACAUCACCACCACAGUACCUAAAUCAGGAAGCACCGUGACACGUUUUUUUUUUCUUCUUUUUCCUUGUUUUCCCCCUGAUACGGAGACACUUGAGUGAUUACUGCAAACGGCGAACCAUAAAGGGGGGAAAAAGGCGUUAUUGUUGAUGUUGACGACCACCGUCGACCGCUUUUGAAGGAAAGACUGACAGUUGGUUACAUCCAGUACAAGGCUCGAGCUGUGGAUGCAUUUGGCACAGACAAAACCGGAGAAGGUCUCUGACACCAGCAUGGGCCAGCACCUAGGAAAGAGGGAGUCACCCACAGGCAGCAAGGCUCCGUCACCUGAGCCUGAAGAAGUGGAGAUAGCAGCAGCAGCAGCAGCAGAAGAGCCUGAAUCACCAGAUGAAGUCUUUGGCCUGGGUGAGGCAGAUGUGAACCAGAACAAUGGCUGCGUCUCGGAGAAGCCGGCGGUGACUGACUCCACGGGCGCUGAGGGCCCCCGCCAGCCCUGGCCCGACGCCAGCACAGCUGACCCUGACGAAGCCACACCACGCCCCCACCUGGCCCGCCUCUUCUCCCGAGAUGCCCCGGGCCGAGAGGACAACACCUUCAAAGAGCGACCCUCCGAAUCGGACGAGCUACAGACCAUCCAGGAACACAGCGGAGCGGCUUCAGAGUGCGGGUCGGAUAACCCUGAACAGGACCUAGACUAGGCUAGCUUUUUUUUUUCCCACCCU